AACGCUUUUCCAGAAAAGGAUUUCACCCACAGCGAAAAGGGCCGUAUGACAAACUUAAGUGACGCACACCGAGCCGACGUAGACUGACUGAAUGGGCCAAAAGGGUCACCUAAAACUUGCUCGUCGUCAUAGCAACGGGGAUAGCCGAGCACAGAGCCGUUAAAUACGGGCGAGCCGACGUAGACUUAAUGGCCCAAAAGGCAAAAAGGUCACCUAAAACUUGCUCGUCGUCGUAGCAAUGGGGAUAGUGGUAAAAUGGCAUCUUUUCGCUCCACACAAGGGGCAAGAGUUUACACGUCGUCUAUCACAAUACAAUAAAAUUCAACGCAACAGUGACUGUUACUACGUCUUACAGAACAUUCGCUUUAAAAACGCGUCUGGCGCGUGAUUUUGUGCGCGCGCUCUAUUCGUUAGGGAGCAUGCGCAGUGGCGCACUUCCAAGAAGUCAUCUGAUUGUAUUAUGGUUAGAUGUUGCAGGUCCAUCGGUCUGACAGAAAAGGUGACCCACUAAAAUCGCAACAUCUCAGGAGAAAUGGCUUCAAUCGGUAUGGAGGAAAUUGCUCCUGAUGUUGACUGUGUUUUUGAAGCAUCCACAAUCCCCAAAAAUAAGAAGAAAUCCAAGAAACCGAAAAAAGAAAGGAAAGACAAGACUAAAACUAAGCGUGCAGCUGACAUCUUGUUGGAGGAUGGCUGCCAUGACACUGUUUCCUUUACACAAAUGCAUGACUGUAAAAUAAGAAAAAAGGCCAAGAAAAAUAAAAUCAAAACGAAGGAAGACUCCCAGCUGCUACCUCCCAUCAGGACACCUAAAUCUGAAAACCAGCUAAAACUGUCAAGCACCACUCACACCGGAUUCACACAUCAGAUCCACCCUGUCAUCUGUGUCUCUCCAGAUCCGUCACUAAAACAUUCAAGCAAGCGUGGGUGUCUGAACAGAGUAAAAGAGGUAGAGAUCGACAAAAUUAGAAAGCGAGUCGUUUUUAAUUUGCCACCUGAGCCGAGCCGAGCUACAAACACACACGUUAAACCCUUUACCACUAGAAACGCUUACAAUUCUGCUACAUAUUUGCCGAGAGCUAUUUACCCUGGAAACUUGAGUCAGGGGAAGCAGCUUGUAGGAGAAAGCAGCUUGGAAUCUCAAGCCACGCCGGAAGAAAUGAGCAGCCAAGAUUUAUUCAUCACACAGAAAUCAUUCUCUGAGCCAAACCUGAAUCUUUCCAGCAGUGCAUGCGGCAAUGACAUCACUAUUGUAUCGGUGCAAGAGGAACAUUCAUGUAGGAUGACGGUUGACACAGCUACUCAAACCGAAAACUUCUUUACCUUCCCAGAAGUUGCCAACUGCCUCAGGUUUCAGCAGCAGCAGAAAACCUCCACGUGCACUGAGGAACCCAUGGACCUGAGACUGCCCAGAAGAGCAAGACAAGUGCAGCGGGCAAAUCAACCAGCGAAGCAUCCUGUUGCAAUUUGUAUCGGUCAACCUAAAUUACAGAUAUCUGACACAUCAAGUGAGGAUGGCGACAUGAUGCCCAAGACCAAAGGUGAAUUGUCCCAACUUAAAGUCAUUCAGACUCGCUUAAACGAGUCUUUCUUUUUUAAGGUGAAGGGUUAUGACUCUCCAAAGCCUGUGUGCCCCCUGAUGAAGCUAAGCACUGAGAAAAAAACGAAGUAGGAUCUUAUGUAAUUUACCAUUACGUUCAUAAUAAAAACAGCCUAGUUCUGUGCACAUUUAGGCAAAGACACAGUUUGUUCAAGAUGAUUGUUUAUUUAAUGUUAAAUUGCUGUUACAUGUUCUGAAUAAUACUUUCGUGUGUACAAUUAAUAUUUUUGAAAACCAAACAUAUGUAGUUUGUUUACAAGCAUUGUUCACAAUAACGGAUUAAAAUAGUCUAUGUUGUGAGAAUA